AUGCAGAGCGGCAACUUUGGCCACAAUGACCGCUGUCGGCAUACUGCUUGCGGAGUCCCCCUAUCUGCAGCUACGCAACGCCAGAAGCGGAAGCUCUCCUACCGCAUGCUGCAUCGCGAGCUUGGCUUGGAGAGUCGUGGAAGGAACAACGUCUACUCCCGCCUGGCAUCUCAAUCGCUCAUUCCGGGAAAUAAAGCAGAUCUCAUUGUCAAUCUGAACGCUCGCUGCUAUUCGGGACAGUUCUCCGAAGAUGGCAGCUUCUUCUUCGCCUGUGGCCAGGAUUUCCAAGUGCGAAUGUACGAUACGAGUAAUCCGUACGAUUGGAAGUAUUACAAGACGGUGCAUUACUACGGUGGCCAGUGGACCAUCACCGACGCAUCGCUCUCACCGGACAACAAACUGCUCGCCUACAGUUCGAUUCGGAGUCAGAUCUGUCUGGCUCGCACGGAUAAAGCUGAUCAAGGCGAGCCGCAAAUGCUCGACUUUAGCGAUAUGGGCGGCGGGAAUCGAGGCGGCCGUAACGAUGCCGGCUGGGGAAGAAGUCGAGGUCACUUUGGAAUCUGGUCAUUGCGCUUCAGUGGCGACGGUUCGGAGAUUGUCGCUGGAACCUCGGACCAGAGUGUUUACGUCUACGAUCUGGAGUCGCAACGAUCCAUUCUUCGCAUUCCCGGCCAUCAAGACGAUGUCAAUGCCGUGUGUUUUGGUGACAGAAUGUCUCCUCACAUCCUGUACUCUGGUUCCGAUGAUACAACACUAAAAGUCUGGGAUCGGAGAAGUUUGGCGAGUAUGCGUCCUGCGGGUAUGUUUCUAGGACAUACCGAAGGCCUCACAUAUAUCGAUUCCAAGGGAGAUGGGAGAUAUGUGAUUUCGAACGCCAAAGAUCAAACGUGCAAGUUGUGGGACUUGCGAAAGAUGAUUUCUACCGACCAAGGGGAGCGCAUCAAUCCUCAAGAAUUCACCACACACUUUGACUACCGCUUCUCGCCGUACAGCACCUCCACUCACACGCCCCAUCCACACGACUGCAGUCUCGUCACCUUCCGCGGGCAUCGCGUAUUGAAGACUCUGAUUCGCUGUCACUUCAGUCCUGCGACCUCCACGGAUUCCCGAUAUAUUUAUUCCGGAUCCCACGAUGGAAAGAUCUACAUUUGGAACCUCGACGGCACAGAAGCUGGCACCAUCAAUGUCUUGCAAGCGACCAAGGGCAGCCGACCUCUGUCGGAUGAGAGGUUCGUCGAUCGCUACGACUACUAUGGACGGGGUGGUGUAUGGAAGACCAUUGUCCGAGACGCCAGUUGGCAUCCCAGUGCUCCCGUCAUCGCAGCCACAUCUUGGAAUGGCUGGGACCAUGGGCUGGGCACGUGUACGGUACAUUCCUGGAACGAUGGCGUUUCCACCGACGAAAACGAGGGUGAAGAUGAAGCCGAAGAAUUGAAGACUGGAGAGGCGUAUGAGCGGGCAGAGACGCUGGGAAAUGCUCCCAUGGGUGCAAGAGUGACGGCCCACCUGCAGCAUGACCAGAGGUUUUAUGAUAGUCCUCCUCCCGCCCGAGCUGCGCAGGCGAGGAGAAGCACGAGACUGAGGGAUCGCAUGGGUCUGGGCGCCCUUUUUGGAGGGGCGGAUGUUGAUGAUGAAUGA